AUUAAAUUAAAGCUCGCAGCUGUAUAAGCUUGUUCGCAGUGCGUGCCACACGCGAGUCUUGAGAGCGCCAAAUUUUGAAAAUAAAUUGCAGGCAACGCUGAAAAAUUUCCAUCGCGCAUUAUAAUUAUUAUUGUUGUUGUCGUUGUUAGUCAGUGCACAUUGCUCGAUCGUGCCAACGUUGACUUGCGCAGAGUUGGCGUUGCGUCCAGCAACUUUUCACUGACAAAUUUGCUACGCGCAAUGCGAAUAAACAAGUGAAUUAAAAUCCAAUUAAGAAAAAUGUAUUUACAAGGCCGCAAAGCAAAGAAAUGCAAAGUACAUUUGUCGGGUGCUUUAACAGUGGGUGGGCUUUUUAAGGUAGCGUAGACGUUCGGGACUCGGGAAGAAUGCCCGAUAGGGCGAACGAAAUGAGGCGGUACAAGGGGCUUCCUAGCUUGCCGGCCGAAACGCAGAGGACCGCGCGGCGCGCACGGCGGCGCUCGAGCGGGUCGCCUCGUACGAGAUUCAAAGUUACGCGGGCUACGGCGCGCGCGGAGAGCUUGAGGCGGUCCGCGCAGCGAAUGUAUUGAUUUAGCUAGGGGGAGGCAUGGUCGGCUCGGGCAAUCGAGGUGCUGGGAGCUUACUCCCGCUGUCGCCAUGUUUCGUCGCAAAAGCGAGCCCUCGCGCGUCCAGCCGCGCUCGCAGUAGUCUCGGCAUCGGUGGCUCAUUCGAAGCGAGUGCCAUCGCCCCCCCGGGAGGCAGGCAGGCAGGCAGGCAGGCAGGCAGGCAGGCAGGCAGGCAGGCAGGCAGGCAUGCAGCUGCUGCUGGAGCGACUCUGAGCCGGCCUGGCGUUCGACCACCGCACGGGAUAAGCUGGCGGCAGCUCACGCGCCGGACUCGCAUUCAGCGAUGAUGCUGGACCAGGACAUAGCUGGCGCUCAGGAUACGAUUUAUCUUUGCAAUUUCCGAGUGUCGGUCGACGGAGAGUGGCUCUGCCUGAAAGAGCUGCAGGACGUCGAGUUUGGCACGCCCGACUCGCUGCAGCGCUCGCCAUCGCCGCCCCUGGCCAUAAGUGGUACACAGUGCAACGAUCCUUUGCGCCAACCGAACGACGAUGUGCCAGAGCUUUGUCGUAUUCUUUCGUCACCCACUCGACACGUCUCUUAUUUGUCGCGAGAUCCUGUGAUCAUCGAGAGGAGCAAUCUAGUUAACAUUUCCAAGCUAAUCGUUAAAGAGCUCAUCGAGACGUCUCUGAAGUAUGGGCGCAUGCUCGACUCCGACCACAUGCCCCUGCAACACUUUUUCAUUGUCCUCGAGCACGUACUCAGACACGGCCUACGUCCGAAAAAGGGUUUGCUCGGCCCCAAGAAGGAGCUGUGGGACAUCCUGCAGCUGGUCGAGAAGUAUUGCCCGGAAGCUCAAGACAUGACCUCCAGCAUUCGCGACUUGCCCACCGUCAGGACCGCUAUGGGCAGAGCGCGAGCCUGGCUGAGAAUGGCACUGAUGCAGAAGAAACUGGCGGACUACUUGAAGGUAUUGAUAGACCACAAAGACGAGCUGCUAUCCGAGUACUUCGAGCCGGACGCGUUGAUGCUCAGCGAGGAGGCCAUCGUCAUAAUGGGCUUGCUGGUCGGCCUCAAUGUCAUAGAUUGUAAUUUCUGCGUGAAGGAAGAAGAUCUCGAUUGCCAGCAAGGCGUCAUAGACUUUUCGCUGUAUCUGAGAAAUAGUAAUCAUAUCCCUGGGGAAUCGCCGGACGACGAGUUGGACAACGACAACAUGACCACGGUGCUCGAUCAAAAGAAUUACAUAGAAGAGCUCAAUCGACAUCUCAACGCAACUGUGCAAAAUCUCCAGGCGAAGGUCGAAUCUCUGACAACGACGAAUGCCUUGAUGAAGGAAGAUUUAUCCAUUUCCAAAAACAAUCUAAUUUCGCUUCACUACGAAAAUCAGCAACUGAAAAAAGAGCUGGGGAUAGAAGUCAAUGACUCGCACGAGAUCGGCAAGAUUCCCAUUAAGAUAACAGAAACAACUUCUGAAAUGGAAGAGCUGCGGAAUAGAUUAGAGACUGAGAAGAGAUCGAGAUUGGAGGCUGAAAAAGAAUUGGAGUUGCAGAUAAGCAUGAAAUCUGAAAUGGAGGUCGCAAUGAAGCUGCUGGAGAAAGACAUUCACGAGAAGCAGGAUACGAUCAUUUCGUUAAGGCGGCAACUCGACGACAUCAAACAAAUUAACUUGGAGAUGUACAAAAAAUUGCAGGAAUGCGAGAGCUCACUUAGACAUAAAACCGAACUGAUUGCGAAAUUGGAAGCAAAAACGAUCUCCAUGACUGAUACCAUUCAGAGAAUGGAUGAAAAAUCAAAGGCGCUGGAGGAUGUGCGCUGCGAGGCGGAGGAGCGCGUGCGUGCUCUGAGCGCCGAGGCAGCGGAGAAGGAGGCGCUCGCCAGCGGAGUCGAGAGGGAGUUGCGCAUCGAGCGCGAGUGGCGCACUUCCCUGCAGGAGUCGUCGAUCGGCUACGCCGAGAAGCUGUCGCAGCUCCACCAGGACAUCGAUCGGCUGAGGAAGGAAUCCGAGCGCUACAGCUCGCUGCAGGACGAGCAUUACGCGCUGAAGGAGAUCUGCGCGGAGCAGGAGAGAACCCUGGAGGAGUUGGGGGCCCAGCUGAGCGCGGCCAAGCUCGCCGCCGUGGAGCUGCGCGAGAGCCGGCAGCAGCAGCAGCAGCAGCAGCAGCAACCUGGGCCCUCGUCGCCGUGCUCGCCGGGCACUCCGGAAACGCCGUCGACCGUCUGGGCUGACGACCGCAUGGUCAGCCAGUGCAAGGCUUGCAGCCGGGAAUUCAAUAUCGCGCGUCGCAAGCAUCAUUGCCGAAACUGCGGCAACAUAUUCUGCAACGCCUGCAGUGACAACAGCAUAGCCUUGCCGAACUCCUCCAAGCCCGUUCGCGUAUGUGACGAAUGCCACGUAUUUCUCGUUGGGCGCUACUCCUUGCUGCAUUAGUUUGCCUCGGCGGUGCUCGUCAAAUCUUGAAUGAGCAAUGAAACUUGCACACAGGCGAAACUGAAAGGCCACCUCUACGUCGGCGUCCCAUUCAAUCACGGAAUAUUGCUUCGCUUUGCUUUUCAAAAUUUCGCCAUUCUUGUCUCGUCGACUUUGCAUUUCGGGAUCGCUUAUAGUUAAAGGUAACAAUGUCUCGGACACUGUCCCACAAACGCCGUCGCAGAUUCUCCAGGAAUAUGCAAGCACACGCUGAAUCUCAAGCAACGCCGACCAAUGUAUUUUUGUAGCAAACGGAUGUUGGCUGUUUUUGUAUAAAGUCCAAGUACAAACAUUCAAAAGUUCUUCUCACUAAGUGUAAUCGCGGAUAAGUGGAUAUCCAAAAGGAACCACAGAAAAAAAAAUGUGUUGGAUAUUGAAUUUUCAUUGGUUAUUUCUGUAAAGAUUUUAUAUGAAUGAAUAA